AGUUGUAACACAUUUCCCGCCCAUACGUCACUGCCAAUCUCUUCAUGAGUAUAUAUAGGCAACCCUAACUCAUCAUUUCCUUCAUUGUUCUCUGGAAAACCUAAAAUUCACAAUGGAAGUUUCUGGAAAAGAUCAAUCCUCUGUUUCUGCAAGUGCUAAGAGAUUAUCGUCAGGGACGAAGCUUUUGCGAUAUCCACUGCGAUCGGCUGGUAAACCUAAGGAGGAGAAGCCGCCUUUGACUGAUUCUUCUAACACUUCGGUUCCUAGAAGGGGAAAACCUGCCUCAAGUGUUAGUAAGAGUGUGAAUGUCCUUGAUCUCUCUGGCAAGGAAAAAUCUGCUGCGAAACCUCCAAGAAGGCUGUCUAUUCAGUCUAAGCCAAGUGCAAGCCCUGCCUCAAGAGCAGUAGGCACUAUCACUCCUAUUUCUGAGGCUAGAGCAAGGAGAUCCUCGAUCAACCAGGGGAAAACUACUAAUACACCGGUUUCAGCCGUUGCAAAGUCAUCAAAUGGAAAGGAAAGCAAUCGUCUGUUCUCUUCAAUCUAUUGGCUUUCCCAGAUUAAGCUCUCUGAAUCUGCUGCUAAGCAUUCAAUUUCUCUUGGUUUUUUCAAACUCGCUUUGGAAGCUGGCUGUGAGCCUCUUCAACGUUUGAGGGAUGAGCUGAAAUCCUAUGUGCAACGUCAUAACCUUGUCGAUCUUGGGGAGCCAGUGAAACAAUUGUUUGAAAGCUACAAUAUUUCUCAAGAGUUUGAGCAGUUGCAAGUAUCUGAGACUUGUUCCCAUGUGCCUGAAGAUGGGACACCUUCAUCUGAUGAUGAAGUGCAUACCUCUUCAUCUGUUGCUGGCACUGAGAAAUCGGAACCUGAAGUCUUGAACAAAGAAGCUGUUGAAACUUGCCAAGUGGCAGAACCAACUAAGGAGACUUCAUCAAAGAAGGAAAAUGCAUCUAAGAACCGUAGAUCUGUAAAUAAGAAUGCUGCAACUCCGAAAUCUACAACAGAUGUUUCUGGUACCAUUAAAAAGAAACUUGAAAAUCCUAAGCAAGAACCAAAUAAGAACAAGGGGAAAAGACAGGGAAAGAAAUCUGCUCAAGUAGAAGGUCCUGCUAAUGCUGACACUGCUGAGAAAGUCCCUCCAGAAGACAAAGAGAAUAUGGAUGCUCCACAGUCAGAAGAGAUCAAUGUUACAGAAGUUUAAACAAAUGUAUGGAAUCAAAGAAUGUUGAACAUACUUCUAUUAUGGUUUUUCAUUUUGGUGUUCAUAAUCAGGAAGCUUUUCCUUGUAUAGAUAAUAGAAGGGUCGAGUUGAAGUGUCACUCUGGGGUGUGCAUUUGGUUUGUUUGGUUCUAGUUUGACCCAAGACUUUAGGGAAUUAUACAUAUGUUUAUGUUUUUUAAUUGCAUUUGGUUUUAAAAAUAUUAUAUUGGAAAUGUGUUAUUAUGCUGAUGUUCUUUGCAGUGAAAUACUAGUGUUUGUCA